CGAGCGAGAGAGAGAAAGAGCUAAGCUAAGUAACCAGACCGUCAGUGUGGUGUGGACAGUGGUAGGAGGCAGGCGAGAGCUUUGAGCUCUCCUGCUGUAUCCGAUGUGCACUUCGCUUUUCUUAUAAUAUUUCUCCACAUCACCUCAGUUGUGUUGCCUUUACCUCAGACUGGGUUACGUCCGUCGAAGAAUGAGUGGAAAAGAAUCUGUUAGAUUGUGUUUAGGUGAAAAAGCUCCCACAUGUGGAUUUAAGUAGUUAGUACAUUAAGUGCCAGUGGGGCCAAGUGCGGCGCUUAUUUGGAGGCGGCCUCUGGAAGUAGCUGUUAGUUUAGUACACUAUUAGUCAAGCAGCUUAUCAUUAGAACUUCUUCGUUUGUAUCUGACCCAGUCAUGUCUCGUUCCUUAUAAUGUGUCAAAUUGCAGCUUCGGAGCAAGAAAAGGAAAUUGCAAAUUUGGCUGAAUUUAGCCAAAUGGCUUUAAAUGAAAAAAUGAGAAUCAAUUGAGUGAGAUUGGGCCCAUAUACCGUAGUUCAAAAGUUCCUGAGGUAAAUAAAUAUUCUGAUUGGAAGAAUUAGAAAUAAAAUCAGAAUUUAUUUAUUACAGUAAAUGGAGUAAAGUGAAAUUUCGAACAUAUAUUGCAAUGUGUGCUCUAAAUUAUUAGUGGAUUAAUUACCUUCGAUUUUUUUAUAAAAUGAGUGAGAGAGUUAAUGCUCAUAAACAGUAUUGAAGAUGGAUAUAAGAUUUUUCAUGUUUGCAAAGCAUGAUGAAUGAUAAUUAAGUAUGAUGCAUUUAAUAUAUAUAAUUUUGUGCAAGGAAUCCCGGUCAUUUGUAAUGGUGUAGUAGCCAUAGUAACAAGAGAAGUAGUUGUAGUCUGCGUGGGCGGAUCUGGGCGGCCAUGAAGCCACUGAGUCUGGAAGGUCUCCGGCGUUUGGUUCGGGGUGGCCGGGACAAACAACAGCAACAACAGACAGAUACUCACCACUUUCGCCGUUCGAAUUCCUUCAAGAAAGCCUCCCUCAGGCGUUCAACUCGUCGUCAUGAGAAAAUCACUCUUCCCAAUGGAUUAGUCGUGAAAACUUCUGCCCUUCAGCGUAAGGCUUCAGUAUCUAGUGAUGAGAGAAAAGAUGAUGGCUAUUCUACUGAUGGUGGAGAAGCAGGUGGUUAUAGCACUUCUUCAACUGGUCUGCCACGUCGAGUCAUUACUUAUGAUGAGUGGAGGGUAGCUGUCAGUGAUGAAGAUUCUCUGAAACAUGCUGAUGAAUCGCUACCGUCCACAUUAUCCACAAAUAAACUUUCAUCUUUAGACUCUGGUGUUAGACAUUCCCUUGACUCCAAGAAGAAGUUUAGUAUUGAAUCAACAAAGCGAUUAAGCUUAGACCGUCGUAAAACCUUAGGCGUUGACGUAGGACGUCAGCUUAGUUGCUAUGGCUCCCCACCUCAGGUUCAAGAUCUCAGGCGAGAUCAUGAUGUUUCUAACUUUCGACGCAGUGCUUCAGCUGAAUCUCCAAUUCCUCCUUUACGUAUCAAAAGUCUUCUUAGUUCUCCUCGUGUUGCUCCUAAACAUAGGGAACCUCCGACUACUCCAGUGCGAUCUCUGCACAACACUCCUAGUAGAACACGAGCUUGUCAACCAGUUUCUGCUCCUCCAACCCCGGGGAAAACUCAUGUUCAUCGCGUAGCAGGACCCCUGACCCCAACUCACCAACUUAGAGCAUCAUGGCAUGAAAGGGAAGCCCGUCGCUGUGCUGUCCAUGUACCACCAUCUUCGCCAAAGAUUACAGUUGAAACUAAACCUCAGGGAAGCCCUAAACCUCAGAGUAGAUGGUCAGCUAUGUUUUCUGGUAGUUUUUUCUCACGAUCACCCAGCAGGAAGAAUCAGCAACAGCUUCAAGCGCAACAACAAGAAGAACAACGUCAACAAGAACAGUUGGAACAGUUAAAACAGCAGCAACAGUUCAUGUAUCAGAAUCAGCCUGUGUGUGGUGGUUCCCCAGCUCUUGUUAGACAAAGGUCAGUUCAUUCUUGUGAAUCUCCAUCUUUAAUUCGGCAUUCAACUGGUUAUAAUGGUCAUUCAAGUGGGCCUGUCAGCCUUGGAGGAUAUGGAGUGGCUAGAGCACAAGGAGGUCCACGUCCAAGGAAUGAUACAAGUAAUGGUGGCUCUAAAAGUAUAGGCCUACCUCCUGGUUAUGGAAGUCCUUCAGCUAUACCAAGACAUUUAACAAAUGAACCUCCACUCAUGGUUCGACAAUUGGCCCAUGAUUUUGGACCACUUAAUCGUCAGAUUUCCCAAGAAUCUGUGCUGCUAACUCGGCAGAUAUCCCAUGAAUCAGGUCCUCUAAGUCGCCAGGUGUCACAUGACACUGGUCCAGUAGGCCAUCAUCUUACUCAUGAUUCUCGAACAUUGAAUUGUCCUGUGAGUAUUGACUCUGGCCCUAUUAGUCGUCAGUCUUCUCGAGAGUACAGUAUUUAUAGCCGUCAGGUAUCACAUGAUGCAGGACUAAUAAAUCGUCAGCCUUCUCAGGAUUCAAGCAUGAUAAAUCGUCAGGCUUCUCAUGAAGUUGGUCACUUCAGUAGGCAGUAUUCCAGUGACUCUGUUGCUAAUCAUUAUUAUCAAGAGCCGGGAACUUUGCCUCGUCAGAUAAUGCAUAAUGCCACAGCACCUGGCUCCCCUGCACAAAUACAAAGACAUAGGUCUGUUACUACAACAGGAGUUCAUUCUCCUAUAUUUAGGCCUCGUCCAAUGUCUUCCCCUCCCACAACACACUCCCCUAAAGCACUUCAGGUCCUUGGUGAGGCUGCAAGUGUUGUUAAUUCUUCCCAAUUUUAUCCUGGACGACUUGGAAGUAGCACUGGUUUUAUCAGUGGUUUGCCUUCAACUGUUGCCACAGGGAGAUUUCCUUCCUCUGAUCGAACAUCUUCACGUCCUAAUUCCCAAGAACGCCCUGUUCCAUCCAUUCCACCCGUCCUAACUCACCGCCCCAGGACACCUGUGUCCAUGAUUCGCCACGCCGUCCAUCCUGGUCGCCCUCUUUCUUUGGCUAUGUCUUCUACACCUCCAAGACCCGACUUGAUAAGUCCUGCUAGCAUCACUAGUGAAGCAUCAAGCCGUGGAAGAAAGCGGCGAGGGCCAGGUCUUCUUGUUGGUAGAGCUAGCUGGCUUGCAAGAGCUGCAUCUGCUAGAAAGUCAGCCAGACAAGCUCGUCGUGCCAAAAAAGCAGCGCAGCAGUUACAACGUCAGCAGCGAGUAGAAGGUGAUGAAUUAGAUGAGAGGGCUCCUGGUCGUGUUGGUCAGGCGUUAACUCCAGAAGCUUGUCAAGGAACUCUGAAUAGUCAGUCAUUAGCUCAACAGUUAAAUUCUAUGGUGUUUGUCCCUCCUCAACGACGACGUUCUUCAGGGUCAGCUGCUGUUAGAAUUACACAAACUUUGCUUCGUCGUUUUGAGGUACCUGAAAUUCGUACAGCACAUGCUCACUUACUAAUGCCCUUGAAUCAGCCUGUGGGGUCCCAUAUGGUAGAUGGGCGAAGUCAGAAAGCAGCUCAGUUUGUGCGAUCUAUGUUAGAAGAAGAAGACCCAGAAGGUGGCACUAAUGAAAAUGUGAGAGACACUGCCAGUGAGCCAGGUGGGGCCAAGUUUAGUGUCAAACCUUACAAGAAACCAAAGUCAGAACCGAGUACAGCCCGCUUGAGUACGAAAAUCAAGAAAAAUCCAGAUGUUCUGUUGAAAGCUCUUGGUAUUUUGGUCAAACUUGGGAAGUCUCAAGAUAAAGAGCAACAACACGGAGAUAUUGUCGAUGAAAGAAUUAUAACACAGCUCCUCCUUCAAGAUUUGUCUCCAGUUAGAAAUAAGCAAGAAUCAAGGAACGGUAGCGCCGAAUCCUUGGUCGAGUCUUUAGUCAGCAGUCGUGGAAGUAGUGGAGCUACCAAGCCCCGUCGCAUUCGAAGGAAAAAGUCACAAAAGCGCCACCCUACAGUUCCUGCUUAUCCAUCUUGGAAACGAACACCUCGACUGCGUUCUCCUCGUGGAAACAUAGAUUCCCUCGGACAGUCCGUCGUAUAUGGGUAGGAGAGGAGGAGCAGGUUGACGCGGAUGAGGAAGAGGACGGGGAGCAUGGCAGGUGUCACUUGGGAUUUCCUACUGAUGACAGUCAUUUAUUAACCACGGCUACUUAGCCGGCCUAUUGCCUCCUCAUCCACCACCACCACCCCUCCCCGCCAUAUUAAAGGUCUCCUCAUCCAGUUCUCUUACAAGCUGCCAAGACGCCAUCGUCGUAUUAUGGAACCGGCCUGAGGACACCUUAAUGACUGACUGUCAUCUUCAGGAGUAGUAUCUCUUAGGAACGUUUCCCGCGGAUGGCUGCGCUCUUCUCCGUCUUGCUGGAUUCUGUUACUUAAGGCAGGAUCAGUCUUUGCUCUCAGUGAAUGUGUUCCUCAUAACGUUAGCUAUACAGUGGAAGUGCUUGGUACUGAGUACCUCCCCCCACCGUCCCCCCGUCAUUCGGUGUAUUUAUCCUAUCCACUUCGGUCGGGAUUUGUUGUUCAAGAAUGUGAGAGAGAAAAUUUUAUUUGUGUAUUUUUCAGAUCUUGUUGAAAACAAAUGACUGAUAUUUGUGGCUAUAAAGUGUUCUAGUUUUCUACGUAACAAUGUGGUUUUGCAUUUUACUAAUUUCUGUAUACAAAUGUGUGUCCUGAUACGAAAUGUUUGUGUUUCCGUGUGUAUGGCCCUUUUGAGGUGUGUGCGCUCAGUCAGUUACAUCACAUUUUCCCAUUGUAUACAAGUUGAAUUUGAUUCCACUUUCGAAUCGCUAUGAAGAUCAGUCAGGCAAGAGAGUGCUCAGUACCUGUCAACAGACUUGUCAGUUCCUAGGCGCUAUUUUGUUGACAAAAUAAUGCCAGUGACAAUACUGCAACGCACAAUUACAAAUAUCGUAGAUGUGAAGAUUGCUUUAUCCAUUGGGAAAUUGUUGGUUUCGGAUGAAUUUUUAUAUUUUGAAUUUACUGGGGAGGAAUUAUGGCUGUCGUCAUGGGUUGUAUUACUUGAAUCUUCGGCUGGUAAGAAGUACAAGAACAGAUUCAUUUUUACAGUGUGUGUGUCUGUAUGAGAGAGAGAGAGAGAGAGAGAGAGAGAGGAGAGAGAGAGAGAGAGAGAGAGAGAGAGAGAGAGAGACCCUUAACUCACAUUUUGAAGUGAUCAGAGUCGGUCCUCUUGUCGCCCCUUUGGAGCAUUUGAAUUGUGUAUAAAAAGCCUGAUCAUAGUAAAAUGAAACCUUUGUCCAUAGGCUUGUGUUGUGAAUAGAGGAAGUACAGAGAUUCGUGGAGUUUUACGUCUUUAGGAGAAUGGAAACUCUGUUGCCCGUUCCGUUAUUUCGGUAGCUAGACUUUUUACUGGUAGUUUGAGGUCACUUCGGAUUGACACGCUUGAGCCGAGGUCUUGUCGUUCACUGAAUACCGUCUUCUUUAGUUCUCGUGUGAUUGCUUUUGAAGAGAGAUCAAACUUUUGCAGUACCGUAUAACUUAUAUUUUUAUGAUGAUGAUAUCCAGAAACGUUCAUGCAUAUAUACUGCACACUUCUUUUAAACCAUGUGCACUUUUUAAAUGUGUAAUAAUAUAUAAAAAAAAAAAUUCAAGGUAUUGACAUGUACAGGAAAACCUAGUAAAUAAAGAUAUCUGUUUACAA